UGCUUCGUUUGUUGCGUGUGUGGAGAGUUACUCGUCGAUCUCAUAUAUUUCUACAAAAAUGGAAAAUUGUAUUGCGGCCGACACCACGCCGAAAGUCUAAAACCCAGAUGUGCAGCGUGCGACGAGAUCAUUUUUGCCGACGAAUGCACCGAAGCGGAAGGAAGAGCGUGGCACAUGAAGCACUUCUGUUGUUUCGAGUGCGAUCGACAGUUAGGGGGACAGAGAUACAUUAUGAAAGAAGGUCGUCCCUACUGUCUGCAUUGCUUCGAUGCCAUGUUCGCCGAAUAUUGUGACACGUGCGGAGAACCGAUCGGUGUCGAUCAGGGACAGAUGACCCACGAAGGACAACACUGGCACGCGACCGAAUCCUGUUUUCGAUGUCAUUCGUGUCACGUGUCUCUAUUAGGAUGUCCCUUCCUGCCUCGACGAGGUCUCAUCUAUUGUUCUCUACAGUGUAGUAAAGGAGAACAGAAGAAUGCGUGUAAACAAAAUUCGGCCAUUCAGACGACAGAAACGCCGAGUCCCCUAUCGAGUCACAGAACUACUCCUUCUCUCCCUCAUCCCGACUGUAUAUCGGAUAGAUCGCGCGAUUCUACAGCAGGAGAAACGACCGUCUUGAUGUCUGGACGUAGUCGUGAUCCAAUCGCAUUUUCUGAUCUAACUCUAGAUACUCUGAUUGCCAAUUCUCAAGUAUUCGUGGAAGUUGUGCAAGAGAUACAACAUCGUCAACAGAAACUCCAACAUCGAAUGUCCGGUGCCCACUUUUCCAUGCCAGAUCUGACUCGUGACGCUUCGACCAACGGCACCCCACCACCCACGCCGCCCUCGUCACGUGGUGGAAGCGAAUUAUUACCACCUACUUCAUCCGAGGCGUACAGACAUCCGAACGCAAACGGUGCUAGAUCGCGCCAUACCAGUUGCAGAGCAGAACAUAGCGAUACCACUUCGAGUACGCCGAGCGAUGGUACCCUUCCGCUAGAUUCUAGCCCGAAUAACUGUGUACAGAAGAACCAAAGUAUCCAACAGGGGUUACCACGAUCUCGUAGUUACGGCGGACAACCGACCAUACCCGAAAACGAGAUAACAUCGGAAAGAGACUCGGCACUAGAAAAUGCCGUUGUAGAUAAGUUCUUGAAGAAUCAAGGAAGUAGACUAGUUGAUGAAGAUCGAUGUAGCACGUGUUCUAGCUCAAGUUCAGACGAUUAUCCUUACCAGCUUCCACCACGAAGAGCUUACGGAGGGGUGAGAAUAUCAUAUGUCAGCAACGACGCUCUAGCAGUAGCGAAACAGAGAACCCGAACGAUGCCAGCAUGUUUGGGAACAGGAAGACAUCGCAAGAAACACCACAACAAAAAUUGCAUCAUCUCUUAAACUAUGCAAUAUAAAACAAAAUCUUGCAAAAAAGUCAUCGAAUCGAUUGCCAAUCAUUUUAUUAUUUCAGAUAACGUCUUCCCAUCGUCAUCGUCAUCAUCGUCAUCAAUCAAAGUCUUUAAUUUUUGUUAGAAUUUUUGAUUCCAUCAAUCAAAAACAUGAGCUUAAAUGGUUUGUAAGAAAGAGCAGUAUAGGCCUAUAUACAAAUAUAAUUUUUUGAAACGGUAUGCACAGAAAGAAAUCUUUAUAUUGAUCUUAUACAAAAUGAAAAAUAAAUAUUUGUUCCUAUUUUAGUCAAAAUUCCUUGGAAUUUUGAUGAAAUUCAGCAGGAAGUUUGCUGCAAAAUUUAUUGUUACCAAUGAAUUUCAAAAAAGAAAUGUCCAUUACUCUAUGCAUCCAUAGUUUUUCAAUUGAAACUAAUUUAUUAAAUGACAUAGUUUCUUAUGAAUUUCUUACGAGGUGUAAAAU